AUGGUGACUCGUGGACGCAGUUGCGGUCGAGCGAAAGGUAGGAAUCGAAAAGAGGACCACGAGACGAAUACGAACAACCCCGCAAACUUCAUAGCUGCCUUGGAGAACAUGGCUGCGGCUAUGCAAGCCACGGCUGCUACCUUAGGCAAUCAGGGUAACAAUGUAAAUGGAGGAAACGGGGAUAAUGGGCCAACGACAUUGUUAUCCUUUCUGAAGUAUGUAGAGUUUGCCACAUACAAGUUUGAAGGAGAAGCUCAGUUUUGGUGGCAAGGAGCUCGUCGUUUAUUGCAACAAGGUGAUGUUGCAGUUAGUUGGGAUGCCUUUCGAGUGGAGUUCUAUAAGAAGUAUUUUUCAAACUCGGUUAAGGCGGCGAAGGAGUUGGAGCUGCUACAGCUGAAGCAAGGUUCCAUGACGGUGGCAAAAUACACUAGUAAGUUUGAGGAGUUAUGUCGGUUCUCGAUGGUUUGUCAAGGUGCUCCUGAGAGUUAUGAGGAGUGGAAGUGUAUUAAGUACGAGGGUGGACUUCGGAGUAAAAUUCUGACUGCUGUGGGGCCUAUGGAGGUCCGCAUCUUCUCCGAGUUGGUGAAUAAGAGUAGAGUUGUAGAGGAGUGCUUAAGGAAGGCUGCUGUGGAAAAGAAUGACUGUGGAGAGUUCUAUAAGAACGGCCAAGACAAAGAUCUUACACCAAGAGGUCAAGACAGAGAUUUUGCACCAAGGGACCAAAACUUUAAGAGGAGUGGUCAUGCACCACAAUACUCACAAGACUGCAACGACUACCGAAAGGGUGACUAUCACAAAGGACAUGGUAAGGGAAAGCAGGCAGGGACUCACCAAGAGAACUUGAGAUGCCCGAGAUGCGAAAGAUACCAUCCAAAAAUGUCGUGCAUGGCUGGGCUAGGAUUAUGCUACCACUGUGGAUUGCCUGGGCAUGUCUCUAGACAUUGUCCCAACAGGAAGGACCAGGAUGCGAGUCCGUCUUAG